UUUGGAUCUGGCGCAGGCCCUCCCUCUUUCCGCACUGUGACGCCUGGGCCAUUGCUCAUCUCAGUCAAGACCAGCUCUUGGUCAGGGUUGCGGCAGCUGGUGCGUGUUGUUCUUGUGGCUUGGACCAGGUGUGAGCCUUGCUGAGUCCUCUGGUGAGGAUGAAGGGAGGGCCGGAUCAGCAGCCGACGGCAGGCGCCUCGUCCUCUUCCGAUGGGCGCGGUGAGGAGGCUGCUCUGCUCGUGAGACGGAUCAAGGUGGGCAGUGACGCACACCACACCGGAUCACGGUUGCUGGAUGUGGUGUGUUUUCGUCCCUUGUGUGUACACAGGCGCUCGAUCCGAAGAGCUACGAGCAGCUGAGGACAGCGCUAGAGAAUUAUGUGGGCGGUGGGGAACCUUGGGAUGAGACCUGGCGGACGGUGAUACAGAUCAUGGAGGGGCACCCGUCGCUGUGGAAAAACAGCUUCAUCUUCAUGAGUGACGUCGCCGAUGUAAGCAUACACACAAACACACACACACACACACACAGAGAGAGAGAGAGAGAGGGAGCCUGCUCACACACAGCACACCCGCGUCUGUCAUCUCUGUGUGUGGUGUGUGGUUCUCAGCGCAUCAGAGCACUGUCCGCUGAUAUGGAGAGAGAUACAGAGAAACUACAGGUCUGUAUGGUAUGGUGAAGGAAGAGUACAUGAGGGAUGGAUUGACACCUUUCUGUUCUGCGUCUGCUUGUCCUUGUCCUUGUCAGACGCCGGCCUACUCGCGGGUGCCGCUCAGCGAAAUCAACUGGGACGGUGAGGGGGGGAACCAAGAUCAUCCUAUGUGUGUGGACCACCACCAUGUGCACAUUCUCUGUGUGUGUGUGUGAUGUCAGGUGCCGAGGUGUCUGGCUCCAGCUAUCGCAAGCUCCCUGCAAACUACCCCAAGAAGGUCUGCAACCAACAUAGAACUGCACACACCCCCACACGCGCACACUGUGCCUUCUCCACUGUGCGGCGCUGCUCUGGUCGUGACGAGCUGUGUAGAAAGGUCCUCAACAACACGUGGACAUCCAUCUCGCAGGCACGCACCUACACCGGCAUACACACACGUUCACACACUUCUACUCUCGCGUGUUGGUGUGGUGUGAUGGUUCCUUUCUCCAGGGCAGUGAGCGCGCGAUACGCGCCAGCGGUCGCGACAAGGCGCUCUUCCAGACGGAGGACGAGCGCUUCGAAGUCGACUACAAGAUCGAACUCGGGAACACAAGUCAGCUGCCAUGCAUCCACGACACAGACAAAUCGUGUGUUCAUUGGUGUGUGUUCCUGGGGAGGGGUCUUUGCUGUUCAUUGCAGCCAUCGACGUGCUCAACAGGACCAUUGACCGCGCGCGGGCACAGCAGCACCCAAAGCACACGUGAGGCCCUGAAUCAGCGGCAGGCAACACGCGCAUGGCAGCCCCACAUCUCAUCUGUCUUGCCGCCUCUACGCAGCAUUGGCCCCGUUGCUGCGAGCGUGUUGGCGCCCGAGCUGCUGUGGCACCCGAUUCAUCGCAAGUGCCUGCGGCUCAUAUACGGCCGACAUCUGGCCAGAGAGGUCGUUGAGCUCAUCAAGACAGACAUCAACAGUGAGCAGGGCGCCACAGUGAGGGUCGGUGGAAGGGGCACGGUGCAGGUGUUUCUCUCUCUCCCUCUUUCAGGUUGUGUGCCGCUAAUCGUUGGACAUCUGAAGCGCAAAGUCAAGGCAUGGUGAGGACACACCGACGGCAAAAUGGAGUGUGUUGGCAGCAGAGGUGUAUGUGUGUGUGUAUGUGUGCAGGGAGCUGCUGCGGACGCAGCACAAUCGUGGUGUGUGGCACAACAAGAUGAAGAAAAGCUACGAGAAAUCCCUCGCACACCAGCGCACACAGGACGACACUUCGCUGCAGCAGGUAUACAAGUGCAGACACAACAGAUGACGAAAGAUGGAUGGAUGGAUGGAUGUGUAUGUGCCCUUUGUCGCCCCUGUGGUGGGUCCACCAGGUGUCCCAAGCACCCGGCACGGCUUCAAAGAAGCGUCAGGCACAGGUGCGUGGAUUCCCCCUGGCCUGACCACGCCUUCCUGUCUGCCUGCCUGCCUGCCUGCCCGUCUGUCUGUCUGUCUGCAGGAUGGCAAUUCUGCGGCAAAGCGGCCCCGCACAGAGCCACAGAUCGAGCAGGAGGCGGCUGGGCUUUCACAAGAGCAGGACCGAGAGAAAACUUCCGGUGUUGCUGCUGCGAGCGCUGCAAGUGCUGCCGUCACUGCUCAAAUGAAGAGUGAUGGCGGGCAGGGUCGGCAGCACGUGAUUGGUGGGGCUGAUGUGCGUGAGGAGGACAUGUCUGCCCAGACGAGCCCCUCGGGUGCAGCGUCGUGACCCACGGUUGACUGUCUAUGUAGUAUAUGCAUUACGGGGUGCUCACUCUCUGUUUGCGGGCCGGCCUGUGUACAGCGUGACGCGUUUAUGCGUACAUACAUACAUACAUACACUUACGCAUUCAUCCCUCUCUGGUACCGAUCCCUCUCUGUCUGUCUGUCUGUCUGUCUGUCUGCACACGGGAAGGCUGAUUGUACAUACGCACCUAGCUACCUUGGUUUGCUCUGUGUCGUCUUGUCCUGUGUGUCUGUCUCAAUCCACCUCUGCCGUGCUGCAUUGGUCUCCUUCGCCGCCGUUUCUCGAAGGCUGUAGAGCACUCGAGGGCUGGGAAGGACACUAACGUGGCACACAGACAUGCGCGAGGGCACUCCGGAUGCUGGGCUAAGUGAUGGGCUAUUGUGCAGCCGGUGUAACUGCGUUGCUUACUGUGUGACUGUGAGAGGGAUGGCGUGUGAGUGUGGGUGGGACAGGCGUCUGCUGCUGUCGAUGCAACACGCCAGACGUGCAGCCGAUAUGCAAGUCGGGCAUGCAUCUCCGUCAGCAGAUCUUUGUCUCACCUUAACUCACGUGUAUGUCUAUACGAUGCCGUGACUGACAGAUUGCCGCUUACUGUGCGUGACUUCAAUGAACAAACGAGUGCUG